UCCUCCUCCGCCCGCCUCCCCGCGGUGGCGGCGGCUCGGCCAUGCAGCAAGACUUCUCCUUGGCUGACUGCGAUGUGAUGGGCUUCGACCUGGACCACACGCUCUGCCGGUACCAGCUCCCGCAGAGCGCUCGGUUAAUAUAUGAUAGCUUUGCCCAGUAUCUGGUAACAGAGAAGGGUUAUGAUGAAGACUUGCUGAAUGUAGCUCCAGACAGCUUAGACUUCUGUUGUAAAGGCUUGGUGUUUGACAUUGAAGAUGGAAACUUCCUGAAACUUGCAGAAGACGGAACAGUUUUAAGGGCAAGCCAUGGUACAAGAAGCAUGACAUCCGAAGAGAUCCUGGAGAUGUAUGGAAGGAGGGAGUGGAAGCAUUUUGAUACAGUCAGUGGAAUGGUCUCCCGCUCAGCUAAAUACUACUUGUAUGACAAUUAUUUUGACCUGCCAGGAGCUCUCUUGUGUGCAAGGGUUGUGGACAGCUUAGAUCAGCAUGAUGAUCAGAAAAAAUAUGACUUCUGGAAGGAUGUGGUGGCUGCUAUCCAGCAUAAUUAUAAAAUAACAGCUUUUAAAGAAGACUGUGGGAUGUAUUUCCCAGAAGUAAAAAAUAAUCCAGACAAAUAUUUACAAAGAUGUCCCGAGUCUGUAAAAAAGUGGCUGAAACAACUGAAGAAUGCUGGGAAGAUUCUGCUAUUAAUUACUAGUUCUCACAGUGACUACUGCAGACUCCUGUGUGAACAUAUUAUUGGGAAUGAUUUCGAAGAGUAUUUUGACGUUGUGAUCACAAAUGCUUUGAAACCUGGUUUCUUCUCCCAUACCCCAAACCAAAGACCUUUCCGAACUCUUGAGAAUGACGAGGAGCAGGAGGCUCUGCUAUCACUGGACAAGCCCGGCUGGUAUUCCCAAGGCAAUGUCAUCCAGCUGUAUGAACUACUGAAGAAGAUGACUGGCAAGUUGGAUCCCAAGGUUGUUUAUUUUGGUGACAGCAUGCACUCAGAUAUUUUCCCAGCACGUCACUAUAGCAACUGGGAAACUGUCUUCAUCCUAGAGGAACUUCUAGGGGACAAAGUUACAGCGCCUGCAGAGACUGAAUCUGAGCCCUUGGAGAAGAAAGGAAAAUAUGAGGGAGAUCAGCCCAAAGCUCCUUACUUUGUAUCUAAACAGUGGGGCUCUUUCUUCAUGGACAGAUUGCCAGGCCUGGAAAAUGCAGAGGAAACCUUCGUUCGCACGUGGUCCUGUAAAUGUAUUAGCACUUACAGCACUAUUGCAAUUCCUAGUCUUGAAGCAAUAGCAGAUUUACCACUGGAUUAUAGAUUUACACGAUUUUCCUCCAAUAGCUCAGCGACUGCCGGGUACUACCCGGGCCCUCCGAGAGCGCUGCUGCCAAACGAGGAGUCAGUGACUAUGAAAUAGGUUGUCGGCUUUUUUUCUUAAAUAAUCCUGUGGCCCUUACUUAAACUGCUAUCAAAUGCUAAUUGGUGAAAGUGCUGUGUGAUGCUUCAUAAAAUAGAAUGAUGGAUUAAA